AUGCUGCAGGAGAGCAGAGCAAUGGUGACUCGGUGCGCGGCAGUGGCGGCGGCGGCGGCGCUGCCGAUUCUGUGGGGCCUUGACGCCGGGGUGCAGGCAUACCAACCGCCGCCCCAGGAGCUCAACCUGCUCAGCGCCGACAUGUACGCAGGCAACAGCAGCGGCCGCGACGGUCGCAUCUUCCACUUCAGUAAGGAAGACACUGCCAUCCGGGUGGAGCUGGCAUUCGCCAUCCCGUUCCUGUCCAUCCCGGUGGGCGGCAACAAGGCACAGGGCGGCGCGCUGGUGGACGUGAACGUGGGGGCGCUGGCGGCCGGCGGCGUCUUCACCAUCGCCGCCAUGAUGUUCAUCCCGCACCUCUUCGAAGGACUCAGCCCCAUGAUCGGCUUCGGACGCAGUAAG